GGUGGCGUCGUCGUUGGAAGGGGGCACAUUCGAAUCUCACCAAAAACCAGCGGAGGCGGAGCAGAAAACAGCAGCCAAGGAAUCAUCCAUCCAUGGCCAACGGGCUCCCCAACCCCCUCCUCACCGCCGACGCCGCCCGAUCCCUCGUCGACUCCGUCGACGCCUUCCUCUUCGACUGCGACGGGGUGAUUUGGAAGGGGGAUCAGCUAAUCGAAGGGGUCCCUGAGACUUUGGACCUCCUGCGGAAAAUGGGCAAGAAAUUAGUUUUUGUAACGAACAACUCUAGAAAGUCGAGAAGACAGUAUGCGAAGAAGUUCAGAGCACUUGGACUUGAAGUUACAGAGGAAGAGAUCUUUACAUCAUCAUUUGCAGCAGCCAUGUUCUUGAAGUUAAAUAAUUUCUCUCCAGAAAAGAAGGUUUAUGUUGUCGGUGAGGAUGGUAUUUUGGAAGAGCUCAGAUUAGCCGGUUUUGAAUGUUUAGGUGGCCCGGAGGAUGGCAAGAAAAACAUAUUGCUGGAGGCAAACUUCUACUUUGAACAUGACAAAAGUGUUGGAGCUGUCAUUGUUGGACUUGAUCAGUACUUCAACUACUACAAAAUGCAGUAUGCGAGCUUGUGUAUUCGUGAGAAUCCAGGCUGUCUUUUCAUUGCGACCAACCGUGAUCCUACUGGUCAUAUGACAUCCGUUCAAGAAUGGCCAGGAGCGGGAACUAUGGUUGCUGCUGUUAGUUGCUCUGUGCAGAAAGAGCCCAUUGUUGUUGGAAAACCUUCAAGCUUUUUAAUGGACUUCCUCUUGAAAAGCUUCAAUUUGGAGACAUCAAGAAUGUGCAUGGUCGGUGACAGACUAGACACUGACAUACUAUUUGGCCAGAACACUGGUUGCAAAACACUACUUGUUCUGUCUGGCGUGACUACCUUACCAGAACUUCAGGACGCUUCAAAUACUAUCCAUCCAGAUCUUUAUACAAACAGCGUAUAUGAUCUGGUGGGAUUAUUGCAACAGUAAUCUUUGAUUUGCCAUUGAAGAUACAGUUCUAUCAGUUCUGCCUGCCCCCACCAGAACUCUAGGAUGCUUCGAGUACCACCUAUCUAAAAAAUAACACCAUAUAUGAAUAUAUGAUGCAGUUGGGUUAAUUGAGCUGCCUUCUAUUCUUUGGGUUAGCUGAUUGAUAGCAACCCUGACCUCUAUACUACUUACAACAAAUUUAAGUGCUACCAUUUUGAAGUCAAUUUCACAGCCCCAUACAUGUAGAUUGCCAUUGGCACUGAGGUACAGUUGUCAGUCUUGAAACUUAUAUGGAAAAUAAAGAUGCAUGGAGUCCAUUAUGGUUU